GUGAAGUUACACAAAGGAGAAACAAUUGAAAGAAACUAUCAUUAGCACUCUAAGCUAAAACAUUCUGUCAAUAACAACAAACUUCUUUCAUUCGUUUAUGCUUUUUCCAUUUAUCAGGUAGAACGGUAAUAAAUAACACAUCAGUCAUAAAUGUUGGACAUCAUCGUAUUGUUUAUUAAAUAGUUGAUUGUUCGCACUGAUAGGAGUAUAAAAGAAAGCAGAUAUCUAUUUAAAAAAACUUUAUUCUCAUCACUUAAAAGCCUUUCACACUUGAUUCAUUACUGUUAGAAUAAAAUACUUGACAAAAUAGCCUAUCGUUUCGAAGAAUGCAGCUCUUCAACAUUAUGAAGCUGUUUGUAACAUUAAUCAUGCUAAAUUAUCAUUUAUUUCAAUCAAUUAUUACUACAGAAGGAAGAUUUCUUACAAUUAACGAUGGGAAUUCACGUAAUUUUUGUCAAGCUAAUCAGUAUUGUCAAGAAAUGAGAACUAUCGAUAAAAGGUACUGCUUAUUAGGUCUUAAUUACACUGAGUGGAUUCGUGGAAAGUCGAAUCUGCAUCAAGUAUUUUGGACUAGUAUUGUUCGUGUAUUGCCUGAAGUCAUUACAGGAUUGGAAAGCACAAGAUUAAUUUGGCGUGAUGCAAACUACUUCAGUGAUGCUACAAUAACAACAGAUAACAAUCCUCAAAUGUCGAAACAAGUGAUCGUUUUUGAAUUACCCAGUCAAAAAUUGAUGUCUGUUGAUUUAUCGAUGAGAUAUAAAUAUAGCAUUGUGUGUGAACUUGUACAAGACGAAAUAGAAACAAUGUCAACAUUUAAAUUUAAAGCAUUUUCAACAAAGUUCAAUAUUGAAUUCAAGAAUCAUAACCAUAAACUUGAUUCUUGUUAUUUUCAGUUUCGAGCAUCAGAUAUAAGUGACUGUAUUUACAGAUGUGCUGUCACCAAGGAGUGUCGUGUGCUUUAUUACUCUCAGUCAAAACAUGUAUGUGUUCACAUGUUGUAUGUGUAUGCCUUACUGCCGACAGUAUUCUCUCGACGUCCACUUUCAUGGGAGAGUUUUAUAAAACAAAAUGGUUAAUGUCUGACGUUUUAUUUCUAUUAACUAAGCGAAAUAUAACAAUACGUGAUAUUAUAAGCAAGAAUCAAGGUAAACGUUUGCAUAUAUACAUAGAUACACUACACAAAUAUGUAUGUUUGAUGUUUGAACUUAUUUAUUUUUCUCCUGAUCAAAAAGGAAAAUAUGUUGAAUAUGUUGAAUCUCAGACUCUGAAAGUGUUCAGUUAUCUAAUUAUUAACUUAAAAAAUACUAUCAAAAUUAUGUUUUAGAUUAUUUUAUCAUUGUUCUCUAGGUAAAUGAAUAAUACCAUUUACCAAUGUCCCCACUGUGUACAUCAGUUUCUUCAUUUUAACAUUAAAUCAAUAC